GCACAACUAAUGUCGUCAAAUCUGAUAUUUCGGCAGCUUUUUGAAUCAAUUUCUUGCACAUUUACAUAUAUAUUGGGCUGUAAUUCUACAAAGCAAGCAUUAAUAAUUGAUCCAGUACUUGAGACUACCAACAGAGACUUGAAGGUAUUAAAGAAAGAAAAAAUUGAAAUUUUACUUUUUAAGCUAAUUCGGGAACUUGGACUAAAUUUGGUUUAUGGACUAAAUACUCACAUUCAUGCUGAUCAUGUUACUGGGACUGGACAAAUUAAACGUUCUGUAAAUGUUGAUGUUAUGGUCAAGCAAUAUGACGUGAUUAAAUGGGGUGAGAAUAACGAACUUGAAGUUAGAGAAACGCCUGGACACACAAAUGGUUGCCUCACUUAUGUUUUUCACAAGCACAGAGGAUGUGGAAGAACAGAUUUUCAACAAGGCAAUCCUCAUACACUUUAUAAUUCGGUGCAUAAACAAAUUUUAAGUCUUCCUUCUGAUUAUUUAUUGUUCCCUGCUCAUGAUUAUACGGGUAGAAUGGUCACCACUGUUUGGGAAGAGAAAAAAUUCAAUCCACGUCUAAGCAAAUCUGAGGACGAAUUUGUACAGAUUAUGAAUUCAUUAAAUUUACCUUAUCCAAAACAAAUAGCUAAUUUGGUAUGUGGUAUUUAUGAUUUGAUGGAUGAAAAUUUGAGAGAACAGAAUUGUAAAUUAGACUUACCGCUUCAAUUGUAA